AUGCGGGGUGUUCCUUCGACAAGGAAACCUACUGCAUCUGAGAUAGCUCAACAGACAAAAGAGAUGUUUGAUAAUGUAGGUUUAGAUAUUCCGCCAAAUGAAGUUAAAAGUGAUGAGCAAGCAGCGGAAUUAACGAAACAUCUCGUCUCUAUGAUUCAAAGUUCUUCCGAAUGGGAUGAUAUUAUUGCAGCUGAAACUCAAGCUAUGUCAUUCAUUAAUGGUGGGGCUUUAAAAUUCGAUAGUUUCAAAAAAGGAAUUCCUGAUUUAUAUUUAGGACUCACAUAUGGAGCAACAAAUUCAAGAAGCGCAUUAGUUAAAACAAGUUGUUUAUUAAUUUCAUUACUUGCAAGAGAAUUAGGAUCUGAUUUUGAUACAAUGGGUGAUUAUAUUACACCACUUUCAAAGCAACUUGCAAAUGGUACUCAAUUUAUUGCUGAUUGCGCAAAAAAUACAAUCCUUACUAUUUCUAAAUUCUGUCCUGGAAGAAAAACUUUUCAAAACAUUUUAUCAUUCUGCUCAUCGAAAGGUAGUCAGCAAAAGCUGGUAGCAAGUAUGUGUUUGAACAAUAUAAUGCAAAAUUGGCCUGCUGAGAGCUUGGGAACAAAUUGGCCAAGAUUUUAUAAUUGCUUAGCAAAAUUUUUAGAAGACGCAUCUCCUUUUGUCAGACAAUAUGCAAGGAAAACUGCAAGAUCGAUUAAAACAUGCUCAAAGCAACGCUCUGUAGAGUUUUUCAGUAGAUUAGAUUCCAAAAUGAAAAAGAAAAUAUUAGAAGAAAACGAUGAUGGCGUUUACAAACCUCGUACACAAACUAAACAGACCCCUGUUAAGAUAGUAACAGAAGAUCCAAUCGAAAAACCGCAAAAGCCGCCUAAAGUAAUUAAAACACAGAGGCCUCCACAAAAGCAAGAUUUCUCGCCUCGUCGUGAACCUGUUGAACGUAGAAGAGUAUCUGCUCUUGCUCCAAAGGCACCUAGAUCUCAACAAGAAAGACCUCAUUCUUCAAUUCCAGUUAGAUCAAAGAAACCAGAGCCUCCUCAACCUGUUGAGAAACAACCUCAAGACAAUGUCUUAUUAGAUGAUGAUAGUGAGCCUGAAAUCACUCCGUUCGAAUUUAAUAAGCCAAGUCAGAGGAAUUUUUAUCGACUUGCAGCUGGAAAAGAGAUGGAAUAUGUCACUCGAAUCAGAGAUGUUAUUGAUAGAGGUGCAACAUCUGAAAUUAUUAAUUCGAUGAAAGAUGUUUCCAAGGAUUUAGUAAGAUGUAUGCUCUGUGAUGAUUCUAAGCUUUGUGUUUCAAGUUUGGCAGCUGUUCAUGAUUUGAUUCAAAUCUUUCCUGAUAACUUUGAUCCACAUUGCACAACAAUCAUUCACAGAUGUCUGCAAUUAUGUUCAUCAUCAAAUGACCCUCGUGUGGUUUCAAACGCAAAAAUAAUAUUAGAUUCAGUCCCUCCAUUAAUGAAUUGUAAGACAAUCAUUUCUUCUUGUGAGAAGGAAAAUCCUUCACUCUUCUUAUUAAGUUUGAUUUUAUCAUGCAUAUCUAAUGAGAAAUGUAAUCCAUUUCUUACAGAUGUUGUUGUCAGAACUACUGCACUUUCUAUUGCUGUUGAUUCAUGUGAUUUAUCUGGUGACAGAUCAAUGGAAUUAUCACGUCAGGUAUUCAAAGUUAUCUUUGAAAAAUGCGGACCAUCAGCUUUGACAGAAUUUGAAGCCAAGAUAUACUGUGAUAAAAGAAGACUAUCGUCAUUUAAGAAGAUUUGCGAGAAUGAUACUCAAAAUAUACUUACAGCUGUUGAUACAAGCGUUAAUGAAUAUAAAAGCCAAAUCCCUGAUCUUACAAGUUAUAAAAAUAAUUUCAAGGAUUGGUGCAAAGCUAUGGAAGAUUUCUGUAAUCAAUUUGACAAUGAAACAUGGAGCACCAUUACUUCGGCAUUCUGUUUAUCAAAGAUAUCAGAUGUUAUAAGUACAAACAUUCAAAAGACGGAUAUCCAUCCAGCUUUAUUUUUGAUACAAAGAUUAUUAUCUAGUAGAGGAACAAGUUCAUAUUCAUCAUUUUUAUAUGCUGUUAUGCUUUGUAAAUCUGAUGAAAAAUACAGAAGAACAUGCGAAAAUAUUCUUAGUUCAAUUGAAUUUGGUGUCAAAACUAUACAUCUCUUGUCAUCAUUACAGCCAUUGAUAAGAGAAAGUAAUAAGAUAGUUUCGAAUAAUAGCAUUGUCUAUCAAAGGAAAGUCAUCCGUUCAACCACAGCAUUAGAAUUUAAAGAGAUUUCCAGUGAUGUUGUUUGUUCUCUUUGCGACAUCAUCGAUUUUGAAGUAGAUUGUGAUAGAAGUCGUAGAGUUCUUUGUGCAGAAGCUCUUGCUGAUAUCGCAUUACUUGAAGGUCAAUGUUUCUAUAAGGAAACAAGAUAUAUUUCUCUUGCUCAAACAUCAAAAGGUUUAGUCGAAAUUGCAAUUGCAUCAAGAAAAACUUAA